CGACGUGCGCCUUCUCCACAGACACUGGGAAGAGUCAGACGUCUCUGGAAUCCCCGCGAACGAGGGGUCUUCGCUUCCAGUCUUCCGCUCGAACUCUCUCAGCCACCGGCAAGCCCAACCCCCACCAGAUCAACGCUGGUCCGAUGUCUCGACCACCAGGAAUGCGCGUCGACAGCACGUUGCGAAAAGUCUGUUGCCAAACCUUUUCCCAGCAGCUCUUGGCGCUCGGUCCCCAUUGCGCUGAAGACCACAGGUGCCAACCGUGGCCAGAAGACUCGGGCGCCUCGCAAUUUGACAAAUGCUCCUGGCUCCCGCCGCGGCAAGCCGGAGAGCCCUGGUGAGGGUGAGCCGCUCUUUUGGGGCCGACUCAUGUUCCUCCUACGCUCUUGUGGUGCUUGGCGAUGUCGCACGUGUCAGCCCUUGGUGCACAACUCCAGCGAGUUCAGCCCGUGCUCAAGACACGUUUUCGGUCAAUUUCUCGAGGGAUUCCAUCGCGUGGACCGUGAUGAAGCUAUCUUCACCACCAAAAUUUGGACUGAAGUUCUAGAGGUUCACAACCUGUUCAUCGCCAAGUCGGGUAUCCGAUGCCAGGACGCGUCCAAGACUUACAACCUGUCGAUCGGUAUUGAAGGAACGUCCUCCAUGGUAGUGGUGAAAGGUUGGCAAAGCUUGCCACAGAACCAAGCUUCUGCCUCCCUGAUGACAAGAAUCUCGGCGCUCCAGUCCAGCGCCUGA